UAAAAACGGAAAACUUUUUAUGCGUUUUGACUGUUCAUUUACAUGAAAAGCGGGUCUAAAAUUGCAAGUUUUUGAAAACGACGGCAUUAUCGUUUCCGUGUAAAGUCUGAAGGCGGCGUUUUCCAAAAGCGAUGACGUCAAACGCAUGCGUACACCACGUCCUAACCAAACGCGACGCGACUCAGCGACACGCGAUAAAAGGUAUCUUUUCCAUAUUAACCAGAGGUUUUGUCCUAACCAGCCGCGACAGCGCUGCGCAACGGUUUUUAUUUCCGCGACGUCGCGGCUGACAGCUCCGCCCACACAACGAUCUCAUUUGAUGAAUCGAACUGCAUUUGAAAGAAACAAAACAGACGUGUUCCGGAUAAAAACGCAUAACGUUGGACCUUUGAAAAAAAUCAGGAUCGAACAUGAUAACACGGGUCUGAACGCCAGCUGGUUUCUGGAUCGGGUCGUGGUCACAGACAUGAACAGGCCACAUUUGCGCUUUUACUUCGCUUGUAACAACUGGUUGAGCAGAACUGAAGGUGACAGUCUGUUUGUUCGGGAUCUGCUGGGCAGCCUGGACCCCAUGGAGAUGCCCAAAUAUAAUAAAUAUAUUGUGAGUGUUUUCACGGCUGAUGUUAAAGGCAGUGGAACAGAUGCGGACGUCUUCAUUAAUAUUUUAGGGGAAAUCGGCGAUACAGGAGAAAGAAGGCUGGACAAUGAUAAGAACAACUUUGAGCGAGGAACAGAGGACAAGUUCACCAUCGAGGCUCCUAAUCUGGGCCGAGUGAGGAAGAUAACCAUCGGCCACAAUAACAAAGGCUCCUCAGCCGGCUGGUUCGUAGAAAAGGUUAUAGUGGAUGAUCUGGGCAACAAGGCCGUCUACGAGUUCCCCAUCGGCCGCUGGCUCGCCAUCGAUGAGGAUGAUGGGAAAAUUCAGAGAGAUGUGCUGGUUGGAGGGAGUCAACCCACCGGUAUCGUGUAUAACGUUCAGGUGGUGACCGGAAGCAACAGAGGUGCAGGAACCAACUCCAAAAUCCACAUGAUCAUGCACGGAUCGAAAGGGAUGAAGAACAGCGGCAAGAUCUUUCUGGAAGGAGGAAAGUUUGAGCGAGGUCUCACGGACAUCUUUAACGUAGAGAUCGCGGCUCUGCUCAGUCCUCUCAGUCGGGUCACUAUCGGUCAUGAUAACGGAGGGGUCAGUCCCGGCUGGUACUGUGAGAAGGUGGUGAUCUAUUGUCCGUUCACUGGAAUCGAGCAGACGUUUCCCUGUUCUAAAUGGUUGGAUGAGAAUGAAGGUGAUGGAUUGAUCGAGAGGGAGCUGUAUGAAAUGGUUUCUCUGAGACAGAAGAGACAGAAGAAACAUCCCUGGUCCCUCUGGAUAUGGACGUCAGAUCUGGCCGGAUCGGGAACCGACGCUUCUAUCUUACUGCAGAUUUACGGAGAAAAGGGAAAGUCGGACGAGAUGAGACUGGACAACAAAACGGAUAACUUCGAGCAGGGUCAGCUGGAUAAAUUCAUAAUUGAAUUGCCAGAUAUCGGGAAGCUGACCAAACUCAGGAUCUGGCACGAGAAGAGGAAUCCCUUCGCUGGCUGGCAUUUAAGUCGAAUAUCACUCAUGAAAACAUUAGCAAAAGAGAUGUAUAAAUUCCCCUGCGAGCGCUGGCUGGACACAAAUGAAGACGAUAAUGAGGUCGUGCGAGAGCUGCCGGCGACGGGAGACAUGGUUCCUGAACCUCUUCCACUCAUAAAGUACCGUGUCGUAGUCUACACGGGGACUGUCAGCGGCAGCGGGACGGACGCCUCAGUUUUUCUCUGUCUGAUCGGUGUCAACGGAGACACGGGCGACCGCACUUUAAUCAACUGCAAGAACAACGUUAACAAGUUUGAGAAAGGCAACGCGGAUGAGUUCAUCGUGGAGGCCGUGUUCAUCGGGACGGUGCGGCGGGUCCGGAUCGGUCAUGACGGCAGAGGUGGAGGCUGUGGUUGGUUUCUGGAUAAAGUGGUCAUCAGAGAGGAGGGACAGGCCGAGUCGCAGGCUGUAGAGUUCCCCUGUAACAGAUGGUUUGAUCGUAAUGAAGAUGAUGGACAGAUUGUCCGUGAGUUGGUGCCAUUCGCUGACGGCCAAAGAUUAUACAACGUCAGCUAUCACAUCGCCGUCAAGACAGGGAAUGUCAGCGGAGGCAGUUCAGAUUCUAAAGUCUUUGUAAAGUUAUACGGCGAGAGAGGAGACACCAGCAGAAUGAUGCUGGUCGUUUCCGACAACAACCUGCGCAAUUACUUUGAGACGGGACGUGUUGAUAUUUUCAGCGUGGACACCUGUGACAUCGGCCAGAUCAGUCGCCUCAUGAUCGGUCACACCAACGAAGGGAUGCGUGCCGGCUGGUUUCUGGACAGCGUUCAGAUUAUGGUGCCCAAUCACGGCAGACAUUAAAUGUUCCCCAGUCACCGCUGGCUGUGCAGAGACGAGGCUGAUGGCAAAACUGAAGUGGAGAUCUAUCCCAGUGAAAUACUGGAUGUGGAACAACUGAUAAACUAUGAGAUUACGCUUGUGACGGGAGACGUCUGGGCCGGUGGCACCAAUGCCAAUGUUUUCAUCCAGAUAUACGGAGAUCAAGGAAAGACUGAAGUGCUCAGUCUGGGCAGCAGGUCCAACAACUUUGAAAGAGGUACAACAGAUAUUUUCAAGAUGGAAGCCAAAGACGUGGGGAAGAUCUUUAAGGUUCGUAUCAGUCACAAUGACACGGGUGUCGGCUCCGGCUGGUACCUGGACCGGGCGGAGAUCAAGCGUCUGAUCAUGGCCUUGGUUCCUAAAGAAAAGAAGGAAGACAAGAAGAAAAAGAAGAAGAAGAAAAAAGAGGAAGAUGAAGAGGAGGGCGGUGAGGAGGAGAUGAGGGAGGUGGUGCAGACGUACGUGUUCCCGUGCGAUCGCUGGCUGGCGUCUGAUGAGGAGGAGAAAGAGAUGGUGGUGGAACUUCUGCCGGAGGACAACGACGAGCUGGAGGAGAUCACGUAUGAAGUGAGCGUCUUCACAGGAGACAUGUACGGGGCCGGCACAGAUGCCAAAGUCUUCAUGAACAUCUACGGUGAGAACGGAGACACAGGGGAACGGCCGCUGAAGAAGUCCAAUCAUCUGAAUAAAUUUGAGCGUGGACGAGAGGAUGUUUUCACCAUCACUGCUGUGGAACUGGGACCUCUGAAGAAACUGAGGAUUCGUCAUGACAACAGUCAUCAGUCGGACUGGUACCUGGACCGAGUGGAAAUCCUGGACACUAAAGACGACACCACGUAUUAUUUCCCCUGUAACCGCUGGCUGGCGGUGGAUGAAGAUGACGGUCAGAUCGCCCGUGAGCUGGUUCCUGUGGAUGAGGCUUUCAUGAGGAAGGAUGAAGAUGAGGAGGAGUCAGGAGCCACGCUGGGUCUGGAGCAGAAGGCCAUGUCCACAACAUACACGCUGAGGAUCAAGACAGGAGAUAAAAAACACGCCGGAACUGACUCAAAUAUCUUUGCCAUUCUGUACGGGGAGAACGAUGACACGGGAAUCAUCAACCUGAAAGCUUCUAAAUCUCACAAGAAUAAGUUUGAGAAGGGAAUGAUCGAUGAGUUUACGGUGGAGGCUGUGGAUCUGGGAGAUCUUCAGAAGUUGAGAAUCGGACAUGAUAACACAGGUGGAUCAUCCGGCUGGUUUCUGGACUGGGUGGAAAUCGACGCUCCUUCACAGGGACAGAGGCUUCGCUUUCCGUGCGGCCGCUGGCUCGACUGUGGAGAAGAUGAUGGAGCGAUCAUCCGAGAUCUGUAUCCCGCAGACCUGCAGACUGAACUUUACACCCCGUUCGUUCCGUACGAGAUAAAAACCUUCACCAGCGACGUGUUUGCGGCGGGGACGGACGCGGACGUCUUCAUCGUUCUGUACGGUGAGAAGGGUCUGUGUACUCAACAGAAGUAUCUGUGCGUCAACAAGAGAGAGCGCCGCAUGUACUUUGAGCGAGAAGCGGAGGACAUGUUCAUCGUGGAGCUGGAAGAUGUAGGAGACGUCUUGGAGAAGAUUCGAAUCGGACACGAUAACAAAGGGACGAACCCCGGCUGGCAUCUGGACAGAGUGGAAAUAAGAAGACUUUUAAGAAAAGGAAAGGGUUCAGAGACCACCAUCUUCCCCUGCGAGUGCUGGCUGGCGAGGUCUGAGGAUGAUGGCGAGACGGUUCGAGAGCUGGUGCCCUCUGACAUCAUCACUGAGAAGCUCCUGCGAGACGGAACACUGAAACACAGCGAGAUGGAGGUGGAGGACGCUCUGGAGACCCACACGUAUAAGGUGUCUGUCAGGACGGGCGACAUGUACGGAGCGGGAAGUGAUGCCAACGUGUUUCUCACCAUCUACGGGGACCUGGGAGACACUGGCGAACGCAAACUCCGAAAAUCUGAGAGCAGCAGCAACAAGUUUGAGAGAGGAGCGGUGGAUAAGUUCAGCAUUGAGGCGGUGGAUCUCGGUCAGGUGUUUAAGAUCAGAAUCUGUCAUGAUAACUCGGGGCCGGGAGCGGACUGGUAUCUGGAUCAGGUGGAGGUGGUGGACGUGGAGACGGAGGAGGUUUACAUGUUCCUGUGUGAACGCUGGCUCUCCAAAAAGAAAGAGGACAAGCGGAUCGAGAGAACCUUCUUUGUCAAGGGAUAUGAAGGUGACAGAAACCCCAACAACGUGAAGAAGACCACACAGAACUCUAAAGCCGGUCUGGACGGAAACAUGAACAAGAAAAAGAAAAAGAAGAAAGCUGUAGUGGUGAACGAGGGUCCCAUGAUACCGUACCACUUCACAGUGUCCACAGGAGACGAUCGGGACGCCAGCACCUCCAGUCGCGUUUACGUCAUCGUCAUGGGACUCAACGAGCUGGAGACCGAGCGACUGUGGCUGGAUCUGCCCCACGACAAGAAAUGUUUCGCUGCCGGCGGGAUGGAACAUUUCGUCUGUUAUGGCUUAGAUGUGGGAGAAAUCAAGAGAGUUGAGUUGGGUCAUAAUGGAGCGACUCCAGAGAGCUGCUGGCUGGUGGAUGAGCUUUCUGUGGCCGUUCCCACUAAAGGCAUUCAGUACAACUUCACAUGCAAGUGCUGGUUAGCCAAAGACAGAGGAGACGGUCUGACGGCACGAGUCUUCAACAUCCUCGACGCUACCACCAUCAGCAUCAUACGAAAGGUGAUUUAUGAAGUGACUGUGGUCACAGGUGACACCCAGAACGCAGGUUCUGACACCAACAUCUUUAUAACUGUGUUCGGAGCCAACGGGAGCAGCGAGGAGAUGCUUCUCUCCAAAAAUGAGGACAGGUUUGAACGAGGACAAGAGGACACGUUUAACCUAGAGAUCGAUGACAUCGCUCCCCUGAAGAAACUGCGUGUCCGCAUCGACGGAACAGGAAGUCGUCCUGAUUGGUUCCUCGAUAAGAUGAUCAUGAGGAACUUGAGCACAGAAGAGAUUUGUGUGUUCACCUAUGAGAACUGGCUCUCCAAAACCAAAGGACCCAAGAGGACCAAAGUGUGUGAGCUCCCCGCUGUGGUGGAUGAUGAAGAGAUGGUGGAGAACACCACAUACACCAUUCAGGUCAAAACCAGUGACGCUGCUGGCGCUGGGACAGAUGCGAAUGUGUUUCUGAUGGUGUUUGGAGAAAACGGUGACACAGGGACUUUGGCGCUGAAAGAGAGCAGCAACAGAAAUAAAUUUGAACGCAAACAGGUGGAUGUUUUCCGCUUUCUGGAUGUUUUCAGUCUGGGAGAGCUGUCAAAGGUCCGGGUGUGGCAUGACAAUAAAGGUCCUGCUCCCGGAUGGCACCUGGAAUACAUCGAUGUGAAAGAUGAGCUGCUGAAUGAAACGUUCCGCUUCCCGUGUGACCGAUGGCUGGCCAAAAACGAAGACGACGGUCAGAUCAUGAGAGAACUGGCAUGUGCCAACAAUGACUCUCUGGAUCUCAGUGACAAGAUCAAAUAUGAAAUCGAAACCGCAACAGCCAACUCUGAAGACGCAGAGACUAAAGAAAACGCCUGGAUCGUGCUGGAGGGCAAAAAAGGCCGUUCGAAAGAGUUCAUGAUGGAAAACCCAAAGAAGAAGAGAUUUUUACGCGGUGCCACUGAUUCAUUUGAGUUUUCCUCUAAAAAUCUGGGAGAUAUUGUUGGUAUCUGUUUGGGUCACAUAUCGAAAGAGAAGAAAGUGAAGAGCGAAUCUUUCUGGCACGUGCAGGAGGUGCUGAUAACAGAAAAAGAGCUGGGAAACAAAUAUUAUUUCACCUGUGACGCUCGCAUUCCGCUGGCAGCCAAGAAAGACCAGUUCAUGACUUUUGAGUGCACCAAAUCCGUGGAGAGUUUUGCUAGCAAAGUCCGCAGUCUGGUUCCUGUGAAAUAUGAAAUCAUCAUCGUCACCGGCGACAAUAAAGAGGCGGGGACCGACACCAACGUCUUCAUCACAAUCUACGGCGUCAACGGAGACUCGGGGAAGCGACCGCUGAAGCAGAAGUUCAGAAACCUGUUUGAGAGAGGACGCACGGACCGCUUCUUACUGGAGAUGCUGGAUUUAGGUGAACUGUUGCGGAUCAAAGUGGAGCACGACAACAGCGGCCCGUCUCCCGGCUGGUUUCUGGAGUGUGUGGAGAUCACAAACACUGCCAACUGGGUGACGACCAUCUUCAUUUGUGGAAAGUGGUUAGACCAAAACAAAGCCGACGGACAGAUCCACAGAGUGCUGUAUCCCAAGUAUUAAACAUGAGCGCUAAACAACUCAAACACACAUCAACAACACCUAUUUGUACUUU